AUGGAGAAUCUGACAUACAACAGCAUUAUUUUGCAAUUAGAAGGACUGAAGUCAUCAGAGCAGGCCAUGUAUCCUGUAUUUGCAUUCUUCCUGCUUUUCUAUGUGAUAAUUAUGGUGUCCAACAUUGGAAUAUUCAUUCUCAUAACAGCACACAGAAGCCUACAUGAACCAAUGUACAUGCUCUUCUGUAACUUGCCAUUGAAUGACAUCCUUGGCAAUUCCAUCAUGGUUCCUCGGCUGCUAAUGGACAUUCUAAAGCCACCAUCUGAGCGCUAUAUCAGUUAUGUUGAGUGUGUUGUUCAAGCGUUUUCUACGCACACGUAUGGCACAACCUCUCAUACUAUACUAAUGAUAGGCCUUACUCUAAGGCUCAACCGUUGUAGAACUUUCAUAUCAAAUCCUUUUUGUGAUAAUGCAUCUUUGUUCAAGUUAUCUUGUGAGGAUGUGACUGUCAAUAACUUGUAUGGGCUGAUAUACACAGUACUGCUGUUUGGUUCUUCUAUGGGAAGUAUAGCGAUUACAUACAUUAAAAUAACCGUUGUUUGCUUAAUAACUAAGAGUAAAACUUUGAACAGCCGUGCACUGAAAACCUGCAGCACUCACUUGGCCCUCUAUUUGAUUAUGCUCAUCAGUGGGUUUAUUGUUAUAGUGCUACACCGCUUUCCUGCCUAUUCAGAUUACAGGAAAUUGUCUUCCCUGCUGUUUCAUAUCAUUCCAAGCAUUUUAAAUCCAAUCAUUUAUGGGCUGCAGUGCUCUGAGAUUAGACACAUCCUGAUACAGGUGGUGCACUUAAAAAGAAAAGUGGGACUAUGA